CCCAGGCCCCCAGCCCACUAUGUAACACAGCCGGCGCCCCCAACCCAAUAUCCAUCACCGGCAAUUGGUAAAGCCUGCCUACCUUCCCCCCAACGCAUUUCGCCAAUCGCGAUUCCUGCAGGAGAAGAAAAGGUCGAGUUACGAGUUACGACCGGACAAGGGCAAUGCUUCGGCCGCUACCUCGCUCGUCGGUGAUUCUCCCAGCCCUGGACCUGCUCGUCGCCGCACCGUCGUUUUCCUCUUCCCGAUCGGCUGCGCCACGCCUGUUCCGCCUCUCCGAGCUGCUAUAGUUUCUAUUCCCACCGUGUCUUUCUUCAAUUCUGCCGCUUCAAGCUUCCAGCCUUCGCCCUUCCCCUUCAACUGGACAUACAUCAAAGGUCAUGUAAGUUCCACUCGACCAUUCCAUCUCUUCCAUGUUCCAUCGCCUCCUGCCCCUUCCUAAUUAUUUUGCUUGCCAAACAGCGAGUAGACCCAUUCCACCAUUAUCACCCUUCUCACCUUGAUUUUAUUCAAUUUCUGUCACCGGGAGAAGGCUGGACAUUGCUCUGUCUUGUGGCCAAUCUUCCCGCACCGGCGACCGUAGGAGGGAGAUUCAGAUUCUCCUGCCAUCAAGCUCAAAAGCUUGGGGUUAGACUGCUUCCGAAUUCGUCUUCCUUCCAGGUUAGGUAACAACCAACAACGCAGUUAGUCUGUUUCUCUGCCAUCUGGGUCAGGCUGCUGCUAUUCACCAAAUAAACUAAUUAUGAGAAGCUAAAAAGCUAGGAAAGCAAAAAAUAAAAAAGCUUCUGUGUCUCGUCACACGAUUUCUUACUUUUGUGAAUGGAAAAUGAAAAAUCUGCCGAAAAGGUGAAGUCAGUAGAUAAUUCGUGAAUCUGGCUUUUGGGUGGUGGUCGUUAGUUAUCGCCUCGACGUAGUCCUGUUUGGAUAGAAGAUGAUGCCAUUGACAAUGAUGGGCCACUUCAUCUCCCCACCACUCGACUAAAAAGCAGAGGUCGAGUAGUUGCAUACUUGCAUACAUAACACCUAAGCUAUCGACACCUUUUCAUAAAAGGAGAUCUACUGAACUAGUUUAUUAACUUGUGUGAAGUUUACCUUUUUGGAUUAAAUUAACGGAAAACCCAUGUGAUGUUAACAAACAAAAGCUUUUGCCUUUUUCUUCUGCUGCAGUUGGUAAUUAGUGAUAUCAGAGGUUGAGUCUGUCACCUGUUAAAGAAAUAGGCGUUCCCUCCUACAGUCUGUAAUUUGUGACGGCAUCAUGAUUCAUUAAAUUAUUCUUGGAUAGCAUAUGGUGCCUGGCAUCCCGCUGUGCACAGGAUAUUUGUACGGUUCUUCUGAAUACUCAAUUUUUUAAACUAUUGACCAGCUUCAUCUAAGCAUUGCAUAAUGUUUGUUGAUUGCCUUUUGCCUAUAUUCAAUUUAAUUUCCCUAUUCGCAGGGAAUAGGAGUUAGCUUCUGCAAUCUGCAUCAAUGGCUGAAACAGCCAAAGAUUCUAGCUUGAUUGAAGGCAGUGGAAGAAAUGGGUCAUUUGGUCGGACAACGAGCAGCGUGGAGGGUUCUUCUCUCCGGAGGCGGUCUUCUAGUCUAUCUCGUACACUGUCUUUCCAACCAGAAUACGGUGGUGUUGAGAGUGAUAAUGUGUCCGAAGCGGGUGAUAUUGGGGACAGGGCGCUUCACAGUAGCAGCAGGUUCAGUGAAGAUGGUGGGAGUGUUAGGCGGCUAUCUCUUGAGAUUGCAUUGGAAGGUGGUGUUGCCUUCCCGAUUCCUGAGGAUGAUGCAAAAUCCCCUGUGUACCCGUUGCCAGAGGAAGUUGGUGCCGUUCUUGCACCUCGUUCCACUGAGCCAAUGAUUGGGUCCAAGGAGGACUCAUGGAGAUUGCCGCCGUUGUUUGAGUACGUCUCAUGUUUGCUUUAUCUGGCCGUUUUUGGGAUUCUUGGGGUUUUGACAAGGUACUUACUGCAAAAGCUUUUUGGCCCUGGGAUUGCUCGUGUAACAAGUGAUUCCAGCCCUCUGUACCUUGACCUGCCUUCUAAUAUGGUGGGUUCUUUCCUGAUGGGAUGGUGGGGUGUUGUCUUCAAACCACGAAUAUCUAGUGUGUCUGAUCAUCUUGCCAUUGGAUUAACGACGGGAUACUUGGGAAGCCUCACAACUUUUAGUGGUUGGAAUCAGAAAAUGCUUGAUCUCGUCGUUGAUGGCGAAUGGGUCUAUGCUGGUUCUGGCUUUCUCAUAGGCCUGUUCCUUGCAGCUUACUCCAUAAAGUUUGGAGUGGGGACAGCCAAAUGCUUCCAACUAGCAACCCAAAGGCUAAAUUGUGGACAUUGCAAGUGGACUGUAAAUACUUGGAGGCGUCAUUUGGCUGUGAUGAUAGUACUGGUGUUAAUGCUCGGCCUUCUAUGGACUCUUAGUGGCACGUUGCUAAGUAAAGAGUUCAGUAGCACCGAGGCCCAACUAUGGAUAGCGUGCAUAGUUGCUGCUCCAGGGGUAUGGAUAAGGUGGUUCUUAGCAAGACUCAAUGGUCGUGGUCUGGGGAAAUCAGGUAUCCUAAAGUGGUUACCUUUCGGUACCUUGAUUGCUAAUAUCUCCGCAGCUUGUGUCAUGGCAGGUCUUGCAACAGUAAAGAAGGCGGUGGAUACCAAAAACUGCAACACGAUUGCAACAGGUGUACAGUUUGGAUUCCUGGGCUGUUUAAGUACUGUUUCGACAUUCAUGGCGGAGUAUCAUGCCAUGGAAGAGAGUAGCAAGUUUUGGAGAGCGUACCUAUACGGGUUGGUAACUAUAUUAGCCGCUUUUGCUCUGGGAAUUUUAAUAUAUGCUGUUCCUGUUUGGUCCAGAGGAUACAGUUGAGCUUCUCCAAGAGUGCCUGAGCGGAGAGAACUCAAACUGCGCCAUCGUGGACAUGCUGGCACGAAGUAAAUAUGAGACAGAAAGGCAAAGGAACUUGUAGAUGCAAGUUUAGAAGAAGAAGAAUCCUUAGAUAUCCUGUUUUAAACCCGAAUUCAGGAGUGGAUAAUAAUUCAUUAAUAUUCAUUCUCAAUUUCGGGCAAAGGUUUAUUGGAAAUCACGUCAUAUGUUUUGUGGUUCUUUUGUCUGCCGGUUUUCCUUCCAUUCCAUGUGAUAAAAGUUCAGAACUUAUUCCUAACUUCCUCUGCAAAAAUCGUUGUUCACUGUAUGUUGAUGGUCUACGCAUUUAGUUCUGUGGAUAGCUGUUAAGUGCAGGUAGAUUAUUUGUCUUGUAUUGCUUUCUUCCAAAAUAAAUGUCUUCAGGAAACGGUUAAUGGUUUGGUUUGGUUAGGUUUUGGUGUUUAGAUAACGAUAGGUGGUUUGAUUUGAUUUUGGUAAUAGUUACACAUGUAAUUAAGAAAAUAUUAGUGUUCUCAACGUCUACGGUAUCGAUUGUGGUUGCAGGUUCAUUUGGCUUCUUUGGGAUAAGAAAGAAAGAGAAUUGAAAUCACUCCCUCCGACAAUUGAAGCAAAUUUUGUCGACAGGAAUUCAAAAAAAGAGAGAGACGGACGAGACGCUGGUAUAAAAGAAAAAAAAUUAUGACGUUGCAUUUAUGUGGCAAGUGAGGUUGAGUUGUUGUUGAAGUCUGAGUCAAUUUGGCAUCCUAGUCAGCAUACCAUUAACCUAAUUCACGGAAUCUCAAUUACCGUUAAAGUUUGUAACCAAAUAACUAGAUUUGUCAAACAACAAUCCAAAUUUUUUACUAUUUUGUGUAUAUCUCAGAAAGUGAUUAUUAUUGUCACAAACUCGAAAGUUGUGGCUAUACAAAUGUAUUUUGCCUAUAUUUUAUUGCUUUUUUAUGAAAAUAUGACUUUCAUGUUUUUUAGUUAGUUUCUGUCACUUCAAGCAAACAACUGUCUGUAAAUUAAAUUAAAAAAGUUAU